AAUGAAACUAUAAAAGUAAAUCGAUUCAGCUUAUUGUCAACAAAAAAAAAAAAAAAAAAAACAACAAAUCAUUGUCUUUGGAGAACAAAAUUAACAAAACGGAGUAUAAAAAUAAUAACGUGUGAAUUAGUAUGAUUUAAAAAAUGAGUUAAAAAUGGAUACAUACACAAUGGACAACUUUCAUUUUAACAAGGGAGAUAUGGCGGAGGAAAGCUACUACUAUCAGCGACCUCUUCUAAAUAAUACCAAUGGUGAAGGAUUGACAAUGGAUGCAAAUGGUAAUGGAAAGCGUGCUUUUCCAAAAGUAUAUGAUGAUUUUAUACGACAAAAACAAGAUUCCGAUGAUGGAGGUGAAUGUUCUGAUUUGGAUUUUAUUUAUGAUGAUGCUGAUACACAUGCCAAUGAAAUUGCUGAGUUAUAUAGUUAUACUGAGCAAUAUGAACUUCAGCUUAAUCUUAAAGCAUUUGAAGAUCAAAUGACAGAUUAUAAUAUUUUACCCUGGUGGCAAAAUCAAAAUCAAUCACAACAAAAAUCAAUGAUAUUAAAAUUACUUGAUCAGCUUGAAGUAUCAAAUAAACAAAUGCGAAUGAAAGCAGCACGUUGUAUACUUUAUUUAGCACAAGGUUGUUGGGCUGAGGUACAAUCAGAUAAAGAACAACAAGAUUGGACAAAAAUAAAUGUUAUGAUGCUUUAUGAAGCUGGUGUAUUUUCAGCAUUUGUUGAAUUAUUAAAUAUUGAAAUUGAAAAUAGUACAGCAGCAAGUUCAGCAAUGAGAAAAUUAGCAGUUAGUCUUGCUGAUUCAGUUGAUUUACGUGUUAUAAUAUCUGUAUUAUAUAUUAUAACUGAAGUUAUGAGAGAAGAAACUAAAAAUUUUGAUAAAAGUAUUUAUACAGAAAAUAUAAAAAGUUUUCAAGAUGAAUUAACACAACCAUACGGUGAGGAUUUAUUAAUUGUUAAACUUUUAGGUAUGGUAACAUGUUUUUGUAGUGGUUCAGCACCACAUUUUCCAAUGAAAAAAGUACUAUUAUUAUUAUGGAAAUUAAUACUUGUAUCACUUGGUGGUAUUGAUGAGUUAAGAAAAUUAAAAAAAGUAUAUCGUAAUGAAGCUGGUCUUGAUACAAUACAAGAAGAUACUAUUGAAAUUGUAAGAACAAUGAGAGCAAGUUCACCACCAACAAGUGCUGCUGAUUUAUUAGAUACACAAGCUGUUAAAUAUAAUCAAAAAAAUAAUAAUUCAAAUAGUCGUCCAUUUCGUAGAAGUUUAGUUAAACAAAGUUCACUUGAUGAGCCAGCACUUGCAAUGGAUGAAUCAGAAUCAUCAGAUUCAAGUGGUGGUGUCGGUGUCGGUGGUGGUGGUAAUGAAAAUGUUGGUGAUAUGAUUAAUGUAUAUAUGGAUCAAUCAUCUGUUGGUACAUAUCAAUCAUACUAUGAAGAUCCAAAUAAUCAACAACAACAACAGCAGCAGCAACAGCAACAACAACAACAACAACCACGACCAGAUACACCACAACAGCCAAUUAAAAAUAAAAGUUUACCAUGGACACCUAAAGUUCGACAAAAAGAUGUAUCAGCAUUUCUUGAUGUAUCACGUCUUAAAUUUGUUGGAUAUAAACUAGAUAAUGAUACAGAUAGUCUUGUUGGUUUACCACAGCCAAUACAUGAGGGUGUUAAUACAUUAAAAAAACAUAUGUAUACAUCAUUAGCUGAAAUACAAAUAAAAAAAGAAGAAGAAAUAGCAAGAAAUCCAAUGACAACAUUAGAGCCACCAUUACGACAAACACCAACUGAAAUAUUAUAUCAAGCAAUAUUACCAAAUCUUCCACAAUAUAUGAUUGCAUUAUUAAAAAUACUACUUGCUGCUGCACCAACAAGUAAAGCUAAAACAGAUAGUAUUAAUAUUAUGGCUGAUGUAUUACCAGAAGAAAUGCCAAUGACUGUAUUACAAUCAAUGAAACUUGGUAUUGAUGUUAAUCGUCAUAAAGAAAUUAUUGUUAAAGCUGUAUCAGCUGUUCUAUUAUUAUUACUUAAACAUUUUAAAUUAAAUCAUAUUUAUCAAUUUGAAUUUAUGUCACAACAUUUAGUAUUUGCAAAUUGUAUACCACUUGUUUUAAAAUUUUUAAAUCAAAAUAUUCUUGCUUAUAUUGAGGCUAAAAAUAUUAUUCCAAUAUUAGAUUUUCCAAUUUGUGUUAUUGGUGAUCAGCCUGAAUUAACUGUUGAAAAUUUAGAACUUGGUGAUAGUCAAACAUAUUCAUGGCGUAAUGUAUUUUCAUGCAUUAAUCUAUUACGUAUAUUAAAUAAAUUAACUAAAUGGAAACACAGCAGAAUUAUGAUGCUUGUUGUAUUUAAAUCAGCACCAAUAUUAAAAAGAACACUAAAAGUAAGACAUGCUAUGAUGCAAUUAUAUGUAUUAAAACUUUUAAAAAUGCAAACAAAAUAUCUUGGUAGACAAUGGCGUAAAACAAAUAUGAAAACAAUUAGUGUUAUUUAUGCUAAAGUUCGUCAUCGUUUGAAUGAUGAUUGGGCCUAUGGAAAUGAUCUUGAAGCAAGACCAUGGGAUUUUCAAGCUGAAGAAUGUGCACUUCGUGCUUGUGUUGAUCAAUUUAAUAAUCGACGAUAUUUAAAUUCAAAUAGAGACGAACAAAUGGAGCCAGUUGAUACAUCAAUAACAUCAGCUCUUGGUGCUGAUGUUGAAUUAACUGAUGAAUUUAAACAACACUAUGAAUUAUGGCUACAACAAGAAGUCUUUCAAACAGCUAUUGAUUGGGAUAAAUUAUUGGAAUCUAGAAAUUGUGAAAUUUAAAAUAUUUAGGUAUAUAUGAAAAAAUUUAACCUGAAGUUAAUAAUACUCUUCUCGGUGUUUUUUUAAACUUUUUUUUUUUUCUACAAUAAAAAACGUGCAUGUAUAAAAUAAUGAAAACCAAUUAUCUACAUUUUUUUUAUUAUGAAAUCGAGUUUUUAUGAAGAAAAAAAAUUCUAGGUAAUUUGCUAUUCAUAAAAACUAGAACGAGGAUUUCGAAACUUUUUAAAUAUAUCAAUUUUUUUUAGCGAAAAAAAAAUUAAUUGAAAAAAUAAAAAAAUGUAAAGUUGAAUGAAUGUGCAACGUAUGAAAUUAUUGAAUGUAUGAUUUUAAAAAUUCUAUAAUUAUUGAAAGAAAAAAAAAAAAUUGUUUCAAAUAGUUUAAGUAAGAAACAAAUGCUUAAUUUUUUUUUCUUUUUUUAAAUUGAAUUUACUUAUUUUUCGUUGCAAAAUAAAUGUCAUCCAUAAUUUUGUAAAUUAUUUUUAAUUAUAAAUGAAAAACUAUUGAGAUUAAUUAUAAAUUUUAAUAAAACAUGUCAACUUGUUAGGCAUGUACCCUUUUUUUUCAUGUACAAAUAAUAAUUUUUAAUUUAAAAAAAUAUAUAUAUAUAUCAAUUAAUUUAUAAUUGUAAUUAAUACACAAUUAAUAUUAUGAAAAUUGUAUUUUUAUUUCAAUGAUAAUAUAAUUUAAUAAUUUCCUUUUUUUUUUUUCUUUUAACAUACAAAAUUGUCUUACACUUGAAGUAUUAUCAAAAAAAAAAAAAUAAUUUUUUCUUUAACGUCGAUAGUAUAUAUCUACGAAUUUUAACAGUAUUGAAAAAUAUGAAAAUAUAAAUAUUCAAAUAUUAUUUUAUAAAAAUGAUGAAAAAUUACUAAAAUAAUAAUUGUUUUUUUUUUUUUUAAAUGCCAU